AUGCUGGAGCUGCAGAACCUUGAGGAUGUCAGCGACGCCGGGCCCCACGCUGAUGGACUCGGUUCUGAUGAUAUGGAGUGUAAGAUCUGCUACUCUGCGUAUAAUCUGGAGAGCUGCAGGCCGAAGGUCCUGGAGUGCCGCCACCGGCUUUGCUCCAAAUGUCUCUGUAAGAUCCUGGACCUGGGCGAGUCGCCGCCGGACGUCCUGGUGUGUCCGUUCUGCCGCUGCGCCACCAGGUUCCUGGGAGGGGCUGUGAGGAACCUGCCGGAUGACUGCAGCCUGGUGGCGAGGCUGGCUCUGCAGAGCAGGAAUCAGAGGAACCUCCGGAUCCAGCCGGACUCUGAGGCGGAGCUGCUGCUCAGCCCGCGGCGCCUGAACGCCCUGAUGGGGAACAACGGCCUCCCCUACUCCAGCAUCAGGAGCUCUCCUAACUUCGUAGUCAUCACCAUCAUGGAGCCUCCACCGGCCUCGGCCCAGGACCUCCGGGUCGGCUCCUGCAGACUGACCCGGGACUCGUCCGUUUCAGAGUCGCUGGCCUCGGCCUCCCAGCGGUGGACGGUGUGGACCUGCACGGCCCUGCUGUGCCAGACCUCGGCCCGGGUUCUGGUGUGGGUUCUGGGGCUGCUGUACUUCAGCUCGCUGCCUUUGGGGGUCUACCUGCUCAUCAUGCAGCGGACCACGGUCGGCGUGCUGCUGGUGAGCCUGGUGCCCGCCAGCCUCGUCUUGAUCCUCAUCUACGGCUUCUGCCAGUGUGUCUGCUAUGAACUAUGGCACUGCUUGCCACCAUGACGGGCAGAAGAACCGGGCCAAUCACAGCUCUUUGAAAAUAAUCUGGAUGUUUCAGCCUUAGACACUGAGAGAACGACCUAAAUAAACUUCAUGUUUAUCCCCUUUAGUCUCACUUC